AACAUUAGCUAACGGUGAGGAGGAAGCAGCACGAGCUAACCCUGUGACAACACAAAGUUUUGUUCACAAAAAUGCUGAAAUAUCCCGAGGAGCAGAGUAACGUGGGUGUCCCGCCUCCAGGCCGGUGGGUGUGGAGUGAUGACACUGAGACAGUGGAGUUUGUCAGUUCUGGUCCAACAGAGGAGGGCGUUUUGAGGAAAAGAAGGCAAAGUAAUGUCAAUUUCAAUGAUCUCCAGCAGCGAUCAGAGUGGUUGGCUGAGGUCUGCACGUUGAACGGUAGAGGGCGCCAAAGCAUUAGAAAGAGCCUGAGCCCUGCUCAUCUGAAUGCAUACAGGGCCUCAGUGAUGAAGAGUCAAGGGGACCGCAUCACCACUGAUGAUGUUAAACAGGUCGCUGUCAGUUUGCUACAAGAGAAUUACUCGCUUCCUAUUCCAUUCUGCUUCUUGGCUAUAUUGAAGAGUAAAGAGCUGGAUGAAGUUUUGGCCGCCCUUCUCCUUUACCUGUCUUAUUUCUUCGAACUGAAGUCUCUGGAGAAUACAUCGCAGUCAUUAAUGGCUGUAGACAUCACCUCAGAGCACAAGAUGAUGAUGGAGGCUUUGGCCAAAAAGGAGAUUGCUCAAAAGAAGCUGGCUGUUUGCUACUUCAGCUUCAUCAUGGACCUGGAAUUGGAACAACAUGUGUCAAAUCACAAGGGCCUGAUGUUGUCAGUACAGAAGCAGAACAGUACAGAAUGGCUGCUGCAUGCGUGCUUGUACAGCUUUUUCUGUUGUGCGGCCUGGGUGACGUUUGGCAGGAAGGACCUGAGGGACAUCCAAGAGGAGGUGGGGCGUCUUUUGUACUCCGACACCUUCAACACAGCAGUGAGGAAAAGGUCUGAUGGGGCCUCAGGAAUGACCUUCGCCGAUGUUAAUGGUUCAGUGAAGACGGGAGAGGCUGACCCCAAGGAGACGGGAAGUAAUAGCACAUUCAAGCACAGAACGUCCCAGAGGUGUCCGGCCCUCAGCAGUAUAGUUAAUCAGCGAUCCCCACUGAUGGUAUCUCUGCUGCCCUCGCCCAAAGAACGAUCACCCCAUCUGUUCCCCAGCAGCCGGGCCAGGAGGCAGAGCCCGCCGCAGGCCGAGCACUGUGACACCAAGGCCUUGACGGAGCAGCUCAACGAGCAGCUGGCCAGUGUCAGCUUUGGGAUUCUUGGCAAGCCGCUGAAGCACUUCAACCGCAGUACUUUGAUACCCAAUGGAGAACAGAAAAACAACUGAGGUGAGGGUGACAGCCGCGACCCAGAGAGUGAUGUUAAUAACAACAGCGAGGAUCAUCCUGGCAUCCACGCUGGAGGUAGCAGGUCAUCCUUAAUGGGACCCAAGAUGACAGGCCUUGCCAGAUACAGCAGCACCACCCACAUAAACACCAGAAACUCUGCAGCUGCCAUCCCUUGUCACACUGACUGUCCCUUGUCUGUGACAAGGGUGUAGUUGGAGCACGCUGUGUCACUCCCACUAUCCUACCCGACUAAUUUGCAUGCUACCAAGGUAUAGGAAUUAGCUAUCAGGCCACUAUGUAAACUCUUUUUUCCUGAGGCCUACAGAUAAGCUAGAUCUUAAAGAAAUUAUCAAAAACAUGAAAAAUCACAUACAGCGGGGCUGCCGGGACAUGCAGUAAAAUCUUGAUAGCUAUAAAAAACUUCACUGUAAAACCGCUUGCUCAUUGUAUUGAUUUGUCUUUACUUCAUGGUGUUGUGCCAAAAAUGACAAAAGUUGCCAGAAUCAUUCCUAUUUACAAAAUUGGUGACAAAAAUGAUAUCAGUAAUUACCGUCCAAUCUCUGUUUUACCAACUUUAUCUAAAGUACUGGAAAGAGUUGUGUAUAAUAGACUAAGUGAUUAUUUGGAUAAGCUGCAUAUUCUCUCUAGUUCUCAGUAUGGCUUCAGCAAAAGAGUUCAAUACGCAUGGCUAUUUUAGAUCUCAUUGAAAAAAUGAACAAUACAGUUGUUAAGGGAAAUUGUGGUGUUGGCAUCUUUUUAGAUCUCUCAAAGGCAUUUGACACAGUUGAUUUUGAUAUUUUACUGGGGAAAUUGAACCAUUAUGACAUUAGAGGAAUGGCACAUAGCUGGUUUAGAAGCUACCUUUCCAGUAGGCAACAAUUUGUAAAUAUAAACAACCAAAAAUCGCAAAAUAUGAAUAUCAAAUAUGGGGUCCCCCAGGGCUCAAUUUUAGGGCCAUUACUCAUUUGUAAAUUCUUCUAAAAUCCUACACAGUAAUUUUUGCUGAUGAUACCAAUUUUAUUUUUAUCACAUUUGAAUUACAGGAAUUACUCAAUGCUGAAUUACAGAAAAUUUUGGUUAAAAUGUAAUAAGUUAUCUCUCAACAUCAGCAAGACUAAUUUCAUUGUCUUUACAUCCAAUAAAAAGCCAUCUGAUAUGGAUCACAUAUACGUCUCAAAAUAAAUGAUAAGGAGUUAACUCGAGUAGCCUCAACAAAGUUCCUUGGGGUCCUCAUAGAUGAGUCCUUAAAUUUUAAACUGCAUAUAGAACAUUUCAUUUCCAAAUGAUCUAAAUGAUCUAAUUGGUCUUUUCUUCAAAAUAAGGUAUCACCUUCCUUUAUCAGCACUUCUUUCUCUGUACAAAACUCUGUUUGAACCAUAUAUCAACUACUGUAAUGUCAUAUGGAGCAAUACCUUCCCCAGUUUUUAAAAAAUUAGAAAGUCUUCAAAAAAAAAGAUAAUUUGAGCUGUGUCUUGGUCCGAAUAUAAUGCCCCCCUUCGGCUCACAGAGAUAAAUGUGUAUCAAAAUGCAUGUAUGAUGUUCCAGAUAAUCCACAACAAAUUUAGGGUUGUCUGAGCUUGUCCCAGUCUGCAGUCCUGGUCAUGCUUAUGACACCAGGAAAAAAACAUCUCAUCACUGGGAAGAAGAGAAGACGUAAAAGUACUAGUUUUUCCAUUGCUUGCAGGGGUCCGCUGCUCUGGAACGAGCUCGAUGAGAGCUUGAAAGUGUUGAAAUCCAUCUCCACAUUUAAGAAAAUGCUAAAAGUCAAACUACUAAGUUCAUAUAUUUAACUAUUUUGUUAUGUCCUAAAAUCAUGUGCUCCGAGAAAACUUAUGUCACUGUGUUUGUUGGUAUGUAUGAUGUUUUUUACCUAUGUUUACCAUGUACUGUAUAUUGUUUUGUUUCGAAAAUACUCAGGCUCCCUCUAAAGGCUUUUAAUAGCUUCUUGGGAGACCUGAUUCACACACGCUGUUAACUUCAUGCCUGUAUGAAGACAUUUAUGUUGAUUCACCUGUGUGUGUGUGUGUGUGUGUGUGUGUGUGUGUGUGAAUAAAUCAAAUCAAAAAAUCAAAACAAAAUUCACCUUUGAAGUUAACUUUCUGGCCUCUAGUUUCCCGGUGCGACGCAGGGUGGUGAACCCCGCGCAGAGCUAGUUUCGAGCAGCGCAACCCGAGGCGCGCUCAGUUUGGUAGUUUGGCAGACCAAGGUGCGCUGAGAUGGGUGUGGCGGCGCACUGACAGUUUUGUGCCAAAAGGCUUCGCCGAAGGUGCACUAAAAGCUUGCCAGCUGAAACCAGGUCUACUGUAGGCGCAGGCGGAGUGCAGCUGGUGUAGAGGAAGUUUGGCUGAUCAGCGGACAGUGCGCACACGUCACCAAAACCUCACAGGCAGGUUUCCAGAAUGUCAGGCACAUUAACAAUGCAAAAAAUACCCACAAAAAACACUAUUCAAUGCAACUAUCUGCAAUCAGCACAUAAAUGUAUCUCUAUACCGACUGUGCAGUCACAUCUGAUGUCAGAUCAAAGGGGAUUGGCACCGUUUGGCACGCGUAAUGGAAAUCCGUGGAGGUCUGCUCGCAGUUCCGUAUAUUCGGACACUGCAAGCUUGGACCUCCCGGAUCAAAACAUCAGUUUCCUCCUGGGAGGAGUUUGGCCGUCUGACGCUGCUGCUCUCUUCUGCCAUGGCAAAUUGAGUAAACUCUCAUUACACCUUCGCGCAGCGCAUUUAAGGGCGAGGAGAGGGGCUCAUUUGAUUGGUGUGAUGUGUGUAAAACCCACUCCACGCCUUCUCUCCUCCCUCUUUCCGACUUGCGCAGGUAGGAGGGACGGAGGGGGGAAAGAGGAGUAGCUGUGCCAGGGCGCACGGUGUGCCAAACUUGCAAAAUCCACCUGGCCACACCCAGUUGGCGAAGCGCAGGUGCGCUGCGCCUCCGCCUUGCCCAAUCUGCAAAACUAGAGGCCUCUAUGUUGCCAGACGGACUUUAACCUUUUCGGUGGACUGCGGGUCGUAAUAUGCCUCCAAAGCCAGCAAAACAAGCCAAGCCUGGACCGGCUGACUCACAAACGCUACCCGAAGAGGAUGGCAGCGAGCUAACGCUAACCUCAGUAGCAAGUCUGCUGGAAGAAAACAGGCUAGCUAUCUCCGCCGAAUUCCGCACAUCCAUGGCGAAGCUUGAAAACAAGAUUGAUCGCCUUCAAGCCACUGUAGGCGACCACUCGACAAAGAUCUCAAGGAAAAUGCCACCCUCUUGGGAGCGGUGUCUGCACACCAUGUCUCCUCCUUCACUGGGAGCAGUCAACAGCAACCUGUGUUGCAGUUGGCUGGUCCCAGCAAGGGGUUGAUGUGCUGGGCAGUGUCCAAAAUCUAUGCAUUAUGUUCAUGCACUAUGGCCCCUAACAUAAGCUUUCGAUAGCUUCUCAGGGGACCAGUUCACAUACUCACCAUUCCCUUUUCUGUUGGAAUAUUAUGAUCCUAUGCACUUGAAUGAUUUGUUACUGCACUGUGCACUAUGUAAAUUGUAUACAUGAGUAUAUGUGAACAAAUAAACAAACAAACAAACAUACAAACAAACCCUGAAUGAUAUGUAUGUGUGAAAGCGGCAGAAUGUUUUGAGUGUGAAUGUGCUUUUUUCAGUGGCAUAACACAGGUGUUGCAUGUGUCUUCCAGCUGCAUUCCUCAGCACAGCCCACAGGGUCAACAAAACAAGAGAAAGACUGAGGUAGCGAGUACAAUUUUUACUCUGCUUUGCUCAUGUGGGGCUCAUUCUCAGAAGCACCUCCCUGCCUGUCAUCACACACAAACCAUAUUUAUCCUGAUUUGCCUCUGAAUUUAAAUCAGUUUUGUAAUUGCCAGCUGGUGGUGCUGUUGAAUAAAAUAUAA